AUGGUGAAACUUAGCGCACACGAACGACCUAUUCAAAACAAGGCUAUUGUGGACGAGGCUGAGAAACUGCUAAAGGACUUCAAGCCCAUUACCUACCUUGUUAGCAAACGCAUCAAGACGAUUGGGGCUUUCGAAGCCAAAGCCGUCUCUACAGCGAAGGAAACAAAGGAAAAGAUUGACGUGGAGCUUAGGGAUUUGCAGGCAACUCUGGCGAAUAUUGAGGAGGCCCGUCCCUUCCAAGAUCUUACGGUCCUGGAUAUCGGCAAAGCCCACCCACGUAUAAUCGAGACGGUCGAGACGAUGAUGAAGAAAGGCAAAUGGAGUGUUCCCGUUGAGUGUUUUUUCACUUUUACGCAGUCACAGUAUUCUCAAUAG